UAGACGGGGCACUGGAUCUCAGUCCCCUUUUCCCGCCGCACGGACCCUAAACCCUAGCCCGGCCCCGGCGAGGCGCCGGAGAUGAUGCAGCAGCAGCAGCAGCAGCAGCAGCCGCCGCCGCCGCCUCCGCCGCAGCACCCGCCGCCGCAGCAGCCCGGCGGCGGGGACUUCUACCGCGGCCCGCUGCAGCCGCCGAUGCGCCAGCUCUCCGCCGCGUCCUCCACCAACCUCCCGCCCGACUACGCCGCGCACCCGGGCGCCCCGCCGCCCCAUCAGCAGCAGCAGCAACAACAGCAGCCGUUCGACGCUUAUGGGGACAGUUUCGGCGCGAAGAGGAUGCGGAAGCCCGUGCAGCGGCGGACGGUGGACUGCACCAGCUCACUGGUCCGAUACGCUCAGGCUCGCAUGUGGCAGCGGGAUGCAAGGGACAGAUUCACAUUGCAGCCGACUGCAGCUGCUGUCGUCGAUAUGUUGCCAUCUGUUGCAUACCCAGACAACCCCUCGACAAGUUUUGCCAGCAAAUUUGUUCAUUCAUCUAUCAAUAAGAACCGGUGCUCCAUAAACUGUGUCGUGGCUCAUGAUCAAGCUGUGAGAUCAAUGAUUUGGAGUCAUAAUGAAGACUUGAUGGUUACGGGGGACGAUGGUGGUGCAAUAAAGUAUUGGCAAAGUAACAUGAAUAACGUUAAAGUGAAUAAAACUGCCCACAGAGAAUCAGUCCGUGACUUGAGCUUCUGUAGAACAGACUUGAAGUUCUGUUCAUGUUCUGAUGACACAACUGUUAAGGUUUGGGACUUUGCAAGAUGCCAAGAAGAAAGAUCUUUAACUGGCCAUGGUUGGGAUGUUAAAAGUGUCGAUUGGCAUCCCACGAAAUCUUUAUUGGUCUCAGGUGGUAAAGACUAUCUUGUGAAACUCUGGGAUGCAAAAAGUGGUAGAGAGCUACGGUCAUUCCAUGGUCAUAAAAACAUUGUGCAGUGUGUAAAGUGGAAUCAGAAUGGGAACUGGGUAUUGACUGCCUCUAAGGACCAGGUUAUCAAGUUAUAUGAUAUUAGAUCCAUGAAAGAGCUUGAAUCCUUCCGUGGGCACAAUAAGGACGUAACUGCUUUGGCAUGUCAUCCGUUUCACAAAGAAUACUUUGUUAGUGGAAGUUAUGAUGGAGGAAUCUUUCAUUGGUUGGUCGGCCAUGAAACACCUCAGAUAGAAACAAGAGAGAAUUCCUUAUUUGGCCCUGGUUGAAAUUUGUCUUCCUUUCUUGGCCCUGACAAAAAAGUUCUUCCUUUCUUGACACACAAAGUUUGAUUGGUUCCCUAUUUGGGCCUCUAGUACAAUUUCAGCACUAACGGUGUUAAGUAGAAGUCUAAGAUGACACUUUUGCCCCUGCUGCAAUAUGUGACGAAAUGACACUGAAAAAGCUAUGAUAUAGUUGGUUAAUGUUAGAACUUUUGGGUCGUAGGUGCGAUGCACCUGAUUUCUUAGCCACUCAUUUUGGUGGUGCAUCCGUGCAUUAGAUGUUUAUGGAUUUAGAUCGACAAAUUAUACAGUUGGAAUACAAAUCCGUGUACACUGGUGCAGGUUGGCAUCUUAAAUUGGAUACGUGUGUACAGAACAAAAUAGAAACUUUUGCUCAGCGCUACUCAGCUCCUGCGUGUUCUCCAUCGGCGCCGACCGCGACCUCGUCCACGCAUCCCAGGCGGCGACCGUCCCAGGCGCGUCUCGGCCGCCCAUCCCAGGUGCCUCGGCCGCCGUCCCAGGUGACCACGGCGACCUUGUUUGCGCGUUACUCGGCAGAAAAAUGAGCCGUCGGCGGACAGGAAAGAAGAGCCGGCGGCGAGCUGCAUCGCCUUGUCGUCCUCGGGCGUGCCCCCCUAGCAGGCCGACGACCACCAGGAAGAACAGGUGCACCCGGGGCUCAGCUCCUGCCCCAGGAUCCAGACGCGCUCGACAAGUUUUUCGGACGGCGCUGGCGACGGCGGCCUCAAGGGACUCCCUGAGGUGCUUCUUCUCGAACUCCGGCCGCGGAAGCCGUCCGAGAAUAGGCCUGGGGAGGCCGGGCUACGCGGUGCUCCGCCCUGCCCCGAGGAUUCGGACGCGCUCGGCAAGCUCCUUCCGGACAGCCUCCACGCAGCGCCAGCGCUGCCAUCGGGCCUCCACACAGAGCCAGCGCCGCCGCCCCUGUCGGUCCCCUGCGCAGCGCCGCGUCGGGCCUCCACGCAGUGCCGCCGCCGGGUCUCGCCACGGUUUCCUCCUUUGCCCCCAUGCGAUAGCCAGGGGAGGUCGCCGGCCUGCCCCAACUCCCUUCCAUCCCCGGCGACCACCGGUGUUGCCACUCUGCUCGGGUUAGCCACUGCCGCCGCUUCUAGGUGUAGUCGCACCUGGUCAAGAGAUAGUAACGGGUUUGGUCAAGCGUUCCCUUCCUUUUCUUUUCCUUAUUUUCUCUUUUCUUUUUAGAUCUAUCAAUGCAUCCAGGGGUAUACAAGUCCAGCAAAAGAAUGUUUGACAUGAGUAACUAACGGAGUUGACAGUAGGGCCAAAUAAGGAACCAACCAAACUUUGUGUGUCAAGAAAGGAAUUUUUUUUUUGCUAGGGCCAAGAAAGGAAGGCAAACUUUAACCAUGGCCAAAUAAGGAAUUCUCUCUAGAAACAACUCGUGCAC